AGGCCAGCGGGCGGGGACCAGGCUAUAGGGAGCGGUCCUGGUCUUUGAGGAGACUUGCUCGUCGGUCCAGACCCGCUGGGACCAUUCCCCACAGCAAAGAUGCUCCUGGGGGUUCCGAGAGGCCGCAAGAGCCAGUUUAAACACAUCAUCCAUGGCCUUCUACCUGCAGCCAGCAUUGCACCGAAGCCAGCCGUGCCCCGCACACCUCCUCCCCGCAGCCCCAACCCCUCUCCAGAGAGACCGAGGUCUGCUCUGGCUGCAGUCAUUCUAGCAACAACAUUGACUGGCCGGACUGUUGCCCUUCCUCAGCCACAACGGAUAUCCCAGUCUGAGAGUGACGUGACUCACCUUGAAAAUGACAGUUUCAUCACGCCCUAUGCCACCACCUCAGAGCUGAGGCAUCAACCAAAUUGGCAGAGUGAGACAGGAAGAAGUUCUUUGCCAUCCUUCGAAAUGCUGGGCUAUGGGGAGGAAGAGGACACUGACUCGCACCUGUCAUCUAGCAACAAGGAGUCCUCAGAAGUCAGUGCUCAUAAGGAAGAGGGAAGAAUUGGCGAUGCUGUGUAUACCAUGCCACACAGAAAUCAGCAAAAGGUUCCAUUGUCACAUGGGGUGGACAGUGAAGAUGAGGAAAAUAUUUCUGAGCAAGAUCCAACUUUUAUACCACAGCAUACACAAGAAAAAGAUGGUGAACAUUCUGUUCUGACUUUAAAGGAUGAAAAAACACCAUUAUGUGGAAAACCUCCACCCUCCCCAGAUAUAACUGGUAAAACACGUCAACGGUGUAUAGAAAUAACCAAAGAAAAGUUUGAGAAAUUAAAAGAAGAAAAUUUGCAUCUGAACACAACAAACCAAACACUUACUCUUGAACUUAACAUAGUAAAACAAGCAAUGAAAGAACUACAAUUAAAAUUUAAGAGAAGAGUAAAAGAAAAUGGAAAGCUGAAAGAGGCCGAGAAGGCAUCCUCUAAGGAAGUAGUUGCUGCACCUGAAUUACUUUAUCUAAGAAAACAAGCUCAAGAACUGGUGGAUGAAAAUGAUGGGUUGAAAAUGACUGUCCAUCGUUUGAAUGUAGAACUGAGCAGAUAUCAAACAAAAUUCAGGCAUUUAUCGAAGGAAGAGAGUAUAAAUAUUGAAGGCCUACCAUCAAAGGGCCCUAUACCACCCUGGUUGUUGGAUAUAAAGUACCUGUCACCCUUGUUGCUGGCUUAUGAAGACCGAAUGAAAGAAAAAGAUGAGCUCAUUUCCACCCUUCAGGAGGAAAUGAGCAUGUUCAGGAUGCGUGUCCAAGAAGUGGUGAAAGAAAAUAAAGAAUUGCACCAACAGUUAAACAAGAAUGGUACUGUUACCAGUGAGGAAUGGCAUCGGCUUCAGACUCAGGCGGAAUUGGUUUUAGAGGAAAACAGGUUGUUGGUAGAGCAGUUGGAGAUUCAGCAAAGAAAAGUCAAGGACACCCACCAGGAGCGUCUCCAGGAAGUUUCUAAGCUGACUAAACAACUAAUGCUUCUGGAGACUAAAACACAGAGCCAAGAAAAGGAGCUAACUAAAAGCAAGAAGCAACUGGAGAAUUUAUGUACCGAAUGCCAAGAACUGAAAACACAGUUGGAGGGCAAAAUAGCAAUGAAAGUUCAUACUUCAAUUGUAAAUGAAUUACAAAGCCGGUUGCAGAAGGAAGAUGAGAAAGAAAGUGCUGAAAUGGAAGAGUUGAUGGAAAAGUUGACAGUCCUGCAAGUGCAGAAGAAGAGUUUGCUAUUAGAGAAGAACAACUUGACAGCUAAAAACAAAGCGCUGGAAGCUGAACUCGAAAGGGCACAGAAAACAAAUAGGAGAUCUCAAAAAAAAAUUGACGUCCUCAAAAAGCAGGUUGAAAAAGCCAUGGAGAAUGAAAUGUCUGCCCAUAAGUACCUGGCAAAUCUUGUUGGCCUGGCGGAGAAUAUCACUCAGGAACGUGACAAUCUUAUGUGUUUGGCCAAAUGUUUAGAAAAUGAGAAACAUGGAGUUCUCAACAAAAUUAUAAAAGGCAAUAUUCGCAUGGGAAGGUUGGAGGAAAAAGUCAAGGGGUACAAGAAGCUGGCUGCACUGAAGCUGGAUGACAUUAGUCACUGUCUGACAGAGCAGCAGGAGGACUUUGCUAGCAAGACCGCUCAGUACCAGCAGGAGAUGCGGCACCUCCAUCGGAUGCUGCAGGACAAGCAGGAUGUCCUGGAUGAGGCGCUGCAGGAGAAAAGAGCAGUGGAAGGUGAGCUUGAAGUUGUUUGGGAGUCUACCUCCAAGGAAAACCAAAGAAUCCGAGAACUUCUCCGCGCGACACUGGAGAGGACGGGCGUGUGGACCGGCACCAGAGCCUCCGAGGAUCCCCGCCUCGAGGGCCUCGCUCAGGGCGACGUGCUGGAUGGCUGCAGCCUCAGCUACUGUGACAUGAAGCCGCCUCCCUCACCCCGCCAGGGUCUGCAGGCGCCCCUGGGCUAGGACCUGGGCCCGAAAAGUCUGCCUUGCCCAGAAGUGGGAAAGGCAAACUCCCACCUAACAGUGUUUCCCUCUCAGGCCAGGAAGAAAUAAACUGUCUCAGAAGCUUAAUUCAUGUUUUACAUUCUGCUUUACUUUAACAAUGUGCUGCUACACUCUAUGCUAGCCAGGGCGUGUCUUCUUGCCACGCUGCCAUUGAGAAUGGCUUGUGAGCCCCCCUGCUCGGGUAACGGCCCGAUGAGCUGGCCCAUCGCCUGGCUCCUAGAAAGCACCGAGGGAAUGGCCAGCGGGACCAGCUCGCGUGCUGUGUCAGGUCGGUCUAUUGGCUGCGCCCAGCAGGGGAGCAGCAGCGAGGGUUUCUGUGUAUCAGCUCUGGGUAGCAUUUUUUUGUUCAGUAGAAAUCUAGGUGCUGGUACCCAUGCAGCAGGAAGUUGUGCAAAACGUGUUGCGCCCUUUCCCUAAGCUUUCUCUCUCCUUCCGGGAAGGUACUUCUUCCGGGGUCACACAGUCCCCUCCCCCUUUGGGAGCCUCACUUUGAGCACCAAGGUGGGGCCCCUGCCACUGCCACACCGAGAAGGACGCCGGGGGCUGUGGUUCUGCUCCGCUCUGUGCCACCUCCUCGGUCAGAUUGUCCCAGCCUCUCAGGACCACCCACUGGGGCUUGCUGCUGGUGAUGCCAGCUGACGGGCUGCAUGCCCCAGCACUGAUGAACCCGGACAGCAGGCCCCAGGGGCACCUUUUACAAAACCCCUCCUCGCUGAGGCCUGUGUUGUUCAGAUGAGCAAAUAAGCCCUGGCAUUGUCCUUGGUCAUCUGUCAAAGUUACGUCUGAGCGCUUUGAUUGCUAGAUGGAAAACUGAGAUAGAAUAUCCUAGCUCUUUUACAUUUUAUUAACGACAAUUGUAAUUUACUGUCAUUUUCAAGGGGUAGAAAGACUCACCAGGAGUUAGAGCUACAUGAUAACUUAGCAAUAGCUUUGUUAUUUCAAGGGAGUUUGCCAAUAAUCCGUAGUCAGGUGAGAGGUGCAGCCUGCAGUCCCACCUCCUGGACCUGUGUCGGAGGGUGGCUUGUCUGUGGGAACACUGCCAUUGUCCCCACCUAGACAACCACUUCGGUCCUCCUGGAUUUUCCCUGCCUCCGUGAGAACAUCUUCCUUGGGAAGUGAACAUUUUUACAUUUCUGCCUUGUUUACUACACACACACAUGUACUUUGCAAGGGCAGGCAGCUGAGGCAGGGAACAGGCUGUCAGACGCUUCGGGGAGGGACAAAUGCCCCAGGCCUUGCAGGAUGGACCAGGGUUCAGAAGCAGGUGCAGGACAGAGGGAGGUGUGCAGAGGCAAGAACUCAGGAGCAGAGGAGGGGUUUGGGGCCUGGAAGUUGGGGUGGCAGUGAGGCCAGACUGGUCCACGGAGACCUGGGACUGCUGGGAAGGGGCACCUAUUCCUCCUGCAGCUUUCCAGGCAGAGCAGGACCCGGUUCCAUUCUGUCUUGGUCCUGGUGAGGGCCUGCGUGGCUGUAGAAAGGUCCUGAUCAAGUUGACAGUACCCCAAGGCAAACAGUUACAAACAUGACCGUGAUCUCAAACGAGCCCGCUGCUCUGGCGUAACUGCCCAGCCGUCCUGGGAGGCCAGGUCUGAGUGGAGAGAGCGGCCGGGCACAGAUAGGGGUGUGAGUUUGGGGUGAGCGUAGUUUUUCAUCUGAGCCCUGCGGGAGGCAGUGGGAUCAGAAGUGAUCCCUUUGCCCCUCGACCUCUGAGAAGAAUGGGAGACACCAUCCUUUCCCCAGAGCUCCAUUCUCUUUAGAGCAGUGGGUUAUCCAACUCUAAGGAGCGCGGAGUUCUGGAUGGUAUUGAUUUUGAUUUAUUUAUUAAGCGAGUAUACAUUAGGUGUUAUCUCUGCACUGUUUGUUGGGAACAACAGCAGUGACAACGGUAGACCUGGGUACAGCGCACGCGUGCUCAGAAGAGCACAGCCAGCACAGUCCCCGAGCCGUGAGUUCCCAGAGCCAGCGGGCCUGCAGCUACAGGGGAGCUGCUGCGUGUGAGAGCCCGAGGGUACGGGAGCCUCACUUUUCUACGAUAAAUUUUAUGAAACCUAAACAUGAAGUAUUUCUGAUGAAAAUAGCACCCAAAUUGAAAUGUACUAUAAGCAUAAAAUAUAUACCAGAUUUUGAAGACUUAUUAUGAAAAAAAGAAUGUAAAAUAUCUCAUUAGUAAUGUUUAUGUUGCUUAUACGUUGAGAUAGCACUUUGUAUCUAUUGGCUUACAUAAAUUAUUAAAAUUGA